GCACUCGACUCACUGCUGAUUUAGCAGAGUUCUUGUUUGUGUGUUUUGAUUUUAUUACGUGCUUGUUUCUUCUGUUAAUUUUUUUUAUUUGCAGAAUGGCUGAAGUUGCUCCUGCUCCUGCAACCGCGCCUGCUGCUGCGCCAAACAAAGCACCGAAAAAGAAGUCGUCGGCCAAACCUAAAAAGAGUGGUCCUAGCGUGUCAGAUCAGAUUAUAAAAGCUGUGUCUGCCUCUAAUGAGCGCAGUGGGCUUUCUCUUGCCGGGCUGAAAAAGGCAUUAGCUGCGGGUGGCUACGAUGUCGAAAAGAACAACUCUAGAGUGAAGCUUGCUGUGAAGAGCUUAGUGGGCAAAGGUACGUUGGUGCAGACUAAGGGUACUGGUGCCUCUGGCUCUUUCAAGAUUAACAAGAAACGGACUGAGGCUAAAGAGAAAACUGCCAAAAAGAAGACUUCUCCUAAAACUAAGAAGCCAGUGGCAAAAAAGCCAGCAGCGAAGAAGCCGAAAAAGGCCGCAGCAAAGAAACCCGUGGCUGUUAAAAAGUCGCCCAAGAAAGCAAAGAAGCCUGCAGCUGCUAAGAAAGCUACGAAGAGCCCUAAGAAGGCUAAACCAGCUGCAGCAAAGCCGAAAAAGCCAGCGAAGACUGCUAAGAAAGCCAAGACCACGAAAUCUAAAGUGACCAAACCUAAGACCGUGAAAAAAAGUGCUGGUAAGAAGAAGUAAAGCCUUGUUCGUUAUGCUUAUACCCAACGGCUCUUCUAAGAGCCUCUACAUUGAUAAAAGUGCUGAAAUUCAACCGUUGCUUAUAUUAAGUAUAUGAAGUCCAUUGUGAACUGUAAAGUUGCCAUGCUUUGGGGCUGAGGAAGAAUGCGGACUUCCGAAAAAGGACUAUGUAUAUAUUUUAAAGACAACUUUAUUUUUAACUAAAGCCCUAACAAUGUUGACCUCAAUUUCUUCCAGGUCUUGCAUUUGACCAAACUACCAGUUUUUACUAACGUUUUUCCAACCGAAUUUUUUUUUUUUUUUUUUAAAUGAAGUAAUGCUUUUUAUUGUGGAAACCUCAACCUAUGCAGUCUGGUGUGUGGGUUUUGUUUUGCAUGUGUAACUGGUUUUUCUUUUUGUAAACUUGGGUGGCUUGUGUGUAUCAUCUGACUGCAGUAAAAUAUUUAACUGUCAAAAGGAUUUGGGAGUUGUGUAGUCAAGUGUCUACUUAACACAUGCUGUCCUUUAGCUAAACUUGAUUUAUGCUAUUAAGCCACCAGGAAGAACAAGAUGAACAUUCUUCAACCCUUUUCCAGUGUGUACUAUGGGCUAGCUUAUAAAACUUUUUAAAGUGAAAUCGGUCUUUCUUACCCCACCCUUUAUUUUGUAAUGUGUAUUCUACCUUGUGGUGUUGCUGAAUAAAUUAUACAUUUUCUGUAA